AUGCUAACAAAGCCCGGUUUAGACACGCCUAUUAAGGUGUCUGAAGUUCAACGGGUACGAGAAGUCUAUAGAUAUCUCCCCCCGUUCGCGGCGUCCCUCAUUCCCCAACCCAAACAAAAUGGCGAACACUCAGAAAGCCCAAAGGUCUCUCCAAAGGCAUUCUCCUCGUCGGAUAGGGCACUCAAUGCCUUCGCGCAACUUGGUGCUCUACGGUUAAGGGCAAGGCGGGUUAUGAUUUCACUCGUUGAUCGCACACAUGAAUAUAUCCUCGCCGAGUCAACAAGAACAUUAUCGUCGCAGGAUGAUGAUGUGCACGAAGCUGGGGAUUCCUUAUGGAUGGGCGUACGAACAAUUCCUCGCCAAGAAUCACUAUGCGAUGCGAUUAUAAAUACAUUGCCAUCAAAAGGCAAGCGCAAAAGUACAGAGUUUCGUCCCAAAGUUAUACCAAAAGUCAUCAACGAUUUGGCCAACGACGAAACCUUGAAGUACGAUCCGAAUAUCAUUGGAGGUCCAAAAAUUCGGUUUGUUGCUACCGUACCUAUACGAUCUCGCCAAGGAUUCGACAUAGGGGCAUAUAGUGUAUUUGAUGACAUUCCACGGAACGGCUUGGAGCCAGAAGAACUGGAGUUUUUGACAGACAUCACUGAUACCGUGAUGGAACAUCUUGAGAAUAUUGCUGUCAAGAGAGACCACCAGAGAGGGGAGAAGAUGGUGAAAGGAUUGGGAUUGUUUGUAGAAGGACAUUCUAGCAUUAAAUCUUGGUGGCUGCGCACUCGAACUGACCGUGAAACAUCUGUUAGAGGCAAAGAUUCGUAUACUACAGUAGGUGUAGGAAAUUUUACGGUUCCCGCGGAGGCUAGUAACACGAAGUCAGAGAAGUUCAGUACUGAAGCCAACCUAUCAUUUGUUGACCUAUCGCGAGGGCUAGACGUGCCGAUGUCUCCAUUGCCGACCUCAACCUUACCUUCGACGAUCCUUCGCAAUGACAUAUCAAUCAGACUUCAAGGCGAAAAUGAUCAACCGCUUGACAAUUCUUCCAUUCGUGCCAGAGAGGGUUCACUUCGCUUGAAGGAAAAACUCGAUCAACCAACCGCUCUCAAUUCGCUUAAUAGCUCUUCCAAUAUAUCUCCUGCCCUAGCACUGAAUGAGACCUCCAAAACUCCAUCGCUAAAGUGCCCUGAUGAAGCUCACUUGUCAACAACGGGCCAGGGCAUACCGACUAAUGAACCUACGACUCGAAAUCUUUCUGAUAAAGCAGGAAUAUUGAGACGGAUGCUGUCCCGUGCUAGUAAUCUCAUACGCGAGUCGACAGAUGUGGAAGGUGUAAUAUUUUUCGAUACUGAAGAAGGUGGUUUCGGCUCUCAAGGACACCAAUCUUCCUUGAUCAAACCAGAUCGAAACGCCCGCUUGCAUGGUUCCGCGCGAGUAUCCAGCAGUGAAGACGAUCAAAGAACUUCCUCGCGUAACAGUACUUCGGAUAGUAGUUCUGGAAAGGGUCUCGAGAAGGAGUCAAAAAAGGAAGUGCAGGGUUCACAAACUCGCAUGUGUGAGGUACUGGCAUAUUCUACAGCCUCAUCAUGUACAUUGCAUGGUGACCCAAAUUUGCAGGGGCACUUAAGCGUCACGGAAAACUUUGUUCGCCGUCUAUUUAAGCGCCAUCCCCAUGGCAAGAUUUAUGCAUUUGAUGCAGACGGCCAUAUGUCGUCAAGUGAAGAGGACAUAAAUGGAGCUGCUAUCGACGGAGAAAUAUCUUUCGUUACGGAUGGUUCCCAAAGUCCAUCGAUGAAAAAGGCACCCCCCAAAUCAUGCGAAGGUCAAACUAUACUGAAAAUCUUCCCCGGCGCCAGAUUUGUGAUGAUUUUACCGUUAUGGGACUCUCAGCGUGAACGAUGGUUUGCUAGCACCAUGCUCUGGACUUCAGAUCCAACUCGAGUGCUCAGUCUGGACAAUGAUCUGAAUUACGUGGCCGCUUUUGGAAAUAGCAUCAUGGCAGAAGCCUCCCGACUCGAUAUAGUUGCAUCUGAUCAGACCAAGACUGCUCUGAUAUCAUCCAUCAGUCACGAAAUUAGAAGCCCUUUACACGCGGUAGCAGGGAGCAUCGAACUUCUACAAGAUACACAAAUGAGCAAAUAUCAAAAGGAUGUGGUAGAUACUAUUGGACACUGUUCUACCACAUUACUUGAUACAUUGAAUAACGUACUUGACUAUGCAAAGAUAAAUAAUUUUACCACAUCACAAAAGAGCGAACAAAGAGCUAUACGCAAAUCUUCCAGAAUACGAAAGGCUGUUCCUGCAGAGAAGUUUCAAAUUUAUGGAACUAUCAGCUUAACUACAGAUCUCGAUAUUGCCUCUAUCACAGAGGAUGUCAUUAACGGUAUAUAUGCUGGGCAUGUUUACGUUCUCCAAUCGACAUCCACUGUCAGUACUGAUAUUGAUCAUCCCAUCUCUCCAACUAAAUCUGACAUACAAGGGAUGGUGGGAACAGCUUCGCUGUCUGUCAUCCUUGACGUUGACCACAAAUCAAACUGGACAUUUUUGACUCAGCCUGGGGCAUGGAAGCGCAUUCUGAUGAAUAUAUUUGGGAACGCAUUGAAAUACACAACGUCAGGAUUGGUCAAAGUCGGUCUCAGUUAUAAAGCCGCCACGUCGUCGAAUUCUAGAAUGAACCAGGCUUUUGUUACUUUGACUAUUAGUGAUACAGGACAAGGCAUCGCGGAAGAUUUUUUGAAGCGUCAAAUAUAUACCCCAUUCGCUCAGGAGAAUAGUUUAACCCCCGGUGCUGGCUUGGGUCUUAGUAUUGUUCGCCAAAUCGUGGGAGCACUCGAUGGAAAGAUUGAAGUUUUUAGUAUUCAAGGUACUGGCACUGUUGUCAAAGUUGUUCUCAAACUUGAGAAGUCUCAAUCCCAAAUCGGCGAAAAACCUCUCAUGUCAGCCAAUAUUUUACAAGCUAAAACAUUUACCAAUAGUUUAGAGUUGGUAUUGAUAGGAAUGGAAACCUCCACGCCUGAAUCCGAUAAAAUAGCAAAUGCGAAAUCAAAACAUUAUGGAUCUGUAGGCCCUGCAAUUUCUAGAAUGUCCCGUAAUUGGUUUGGAAUGAAGACUUCUGAAGCUACUGGAUUUGAUGCAGCGACAGGAGAUAUUUUUUUGGUAACUUCCGAGAGAUUUUAUGAAAUGGAAGAGAGUUGGAAAACCCUCUAUACAGAAACAACGAGCAGCUCUCGAAAGAGACAUGUCAUUGUUCUGACAGAGUCUGCAAAAUCUGAGAGGAGAACCUUUAUUGGACCCAAAAAGAUGGCAGAUUGUUUCCUCUCUAUAUUCGACAGGUCUGGUGGCGACGACGGUAAUCGUUCUCUUGCAAUGCCACUAAAUCUACGGAGAACCACCUAUCCCGCUAUAUCAGCAAGGGACUCUUCGCCCCCACGGCUUUUGAAUACUGACGCAGUCGUAUCCGACAAACCCAUCGCACUUCUCGUCGAAGACAACCCCAUCAAUAUGAAACUCCUCGUAGCCUGCAUAAAAAAACUGGGUAUGCAAUACUACUGUGCGGUCAACGGUCAAGAGGCAGUCUCUCACUACAAGAAAGCGAAAAAGAAACCGGAAGUCAUUUUUAUGGAUAUCAGUAUGCCAGUCAUGAAUGGUUUCGAGGCAAGUCAACGUAUAAGAAGAUUCGAGAAGGAAGAAAAUCUAAAUGCCAGUGUUAUUGUGGCGGUGACCGGGUUGGCGAGUGAUGAGAGUCAGAUGGAAGCGUAUAAUAGUGGGAUUAAUCUCUUUAUGAGUAAACCGGUGCCGUUGAAGGUUUUGAGUAAGAUUGUGGUGGAUUUGGAGGAGAAUCGUAGGGUGUCGGGGGAUUGA